CAAGUCUACUCAGACAACGAGUGAGAAUAGUUUGUAUCUUCAAGCGGUAAUCCGUUUGAAAUAUUUUGUCUACCAAUCACUUUCUGACGUUUAAGGACUACUUUAAAGCUAUAAGGUGGCAGUACAGCUUUCGACACGCGCAGCAUUGUACUGAAAAUGAAAGAUACCAGUUUGCCUGAAAAGGCGUUUGUUACGUGAUGCCGAAAGUUGCAGAAGACGCAGACGACGGACCGACGGAGGACGGAACUGAUAUCGCGAUGGUGUGUGAUGUGAUUUAUCGCCAAUCGCGAUCCCUGAGUUUACCAAACAAUACAUAUGACUACACCAUCGAGAGUCUCAGUGGUGCAACCUUAUCGAAAAAAGACGUGUCCCUGGGUCGUUUGUUAGGCUCGGGGGGGUUUGGGUCGGUGUAUUUGGGGACGUACAAAAACAAAGAAGUUGCAGUCAAAAUUCUCCACGCUGUAACCAAAAACCCCCAAGCUCAAAUACAGAGCUUCAAGGCUGAGCUGGCGAUUUUGAACUUCAAACAUCCCCAUAUUAUCAGGACCAUCACUGCAACGACGCUGGAGGACUUCAACGACGGUGCAUGGGUAGUGAUGGAGUAUGUGAGUGACCAGACACUACACGGUGUUAUAAACAAUAUGGACCAGCAGUUGUGCAUGGUACGGAGGCUGAAGUACGCCCUUCAGAUCGCAAGUGCUGUCCAAUACGCUCACGACAACUGCAUCGUUCACUUGGACAUUAAACCCGUGAACAUUCUUCUCACCCAAGAUGACGACUGCAAGUUGGGCGAUUUUGGUUGUUGUCAAGAAGUGGAGUUCAAUACGGGUCGAGUUAGUCCCACAAACCGAUCUGCGUUAACCGGAACCUUUGCAUACCGGGCACCUGAACUCCUCAAAGGAGGGCCGCCGUCUUUACAAGCUGACAUUUAUUCCUUUGGAGUGACAUUGUGGCAGAUGCUAAGUCGGGAAACUCCCUACGCUAAUGAAAACCAGCACGUUGUCAUCUUCGGUGUUGUCGCGUAUGGACUCCGACCAAAACAUCCCGUCAUUGGAGAUGAGCCGUUUGAUAAACUGUAUCAAGAUCUGUACACCCAGUGCUGGGUUGCUGGCCCGGAGGAUAGACCGACGUCCACUGAUUUGAUGGAAAUCUUGGAAACUUGGAAACAAUAUCUCGACUAGGUUGGGUAUUUUUCAAUAUGAUUCAUUUCACGUGACCUCCGUGCUCUGUUACCGAGAUAGCAUCGGAGAUUGGCCAACAUCAUCAGAGGUUACCAACAUCAUCGCCCGUGAUGUUUCGAUUUGACUUGCUUGAUAUGAAAUGAACAAUAGUGAUCCGUGUUUUAGGUUGAGAUACUUAUCACACUUUGUGUCCCCAUGACAUAAUUUCUACAUGGGUUUUCUAUAUGUUCCGUGGGUCAUACUGACAUAUCUGAUGACUGCUUUUGUUUUGAUGGUGCCAUGGGUAUUAUUUCAGCUGUUAAUAAAUGUGCACCCGACAGUCUAUCGUGAUAUAAGGUGCUACUACUUUGCGAUCGUGAUUUAUAAAAAGUGCUGAAUAUAUUCAUUAAUUAUGUUUAUUUAAUUUGUGCUACAUUGUUCAAAGCAUUUGUAUCUUGUCUGCAGCGAACUUUAACGCUGCUCUAUGUAUAUAUAUAUAUAUGGCUCAUACUUACUGAAUUGAUAUCAUAACGGGACUAUCUUGUCUGUUGUUCACGCUCCGAACAAGUGCCGUAGACCUGUAUAUGAGAUAUAUGAUAAAAAAAAAUAUAAAAAAAUAUUAUCAUCUGUUAUAUCCAUUAUUUCAAUGGAGACAAAAAAUGUUAUUGUUAAUAUUUUUUAUACAUUGUUAUACAUCGAAUGUUGUGACGUCAUGUAUAUACUUUGAAUCUGUCCAAGUUUUAUUUUGUCAUGUUGUUGGUAUGACAUAUACUGUACAUUUACACAGCUGUAUAUAUUAUCAGAUAUUGGCGUUUUUGCCAACCUGAAAAAUUGUACAAUAUCGAAACAGCACGUAUUGUAAAUCUAUAACCUUUUGACCUACUAACUUGCUCUCACUGACCACAAGUUGUAUAUUUUGUAAAGUUUUUGUAAAAGGACUAAUAUCACGGAAUUGGUCCUUUCUAUGUUGUAAUUAAUUUGUACAUAUACACUUUCGCAUUUUUACCUUUUUUACAAUGAGACAAAAUGCUUUUAUUUUGUAUUCGAUAUGUUAAAUGACACUGCUUGUAAAAUAGUUAAGGAUGAAAGCAACUUGUAAAUAUUGAAAUGGAAAUCAGUGUCGAUGUUCUGUGAAGUGUAACCCAAUUUGUUCUUGCAAUACACUUUCACUAUUUUAGAUUUCUAGGUUAAGCUUCCGAACGUUAACCCUGCCGCGAAGUUUGAAAAACAAUAUACUCCUGGUUAAAAGUAUCAUUUAUUUAGCACAGGAAAUUGAAUUGAAGCAGGGUUACAGACGGAAAUCUUUUCCGAUUUAGACCUUAUUUAUAAAUGUAAUAUUUUCCCAUGUAUGUGGUCUAAAUAAGUUCUAUGAUCUACAUGAGUUAUCGCCCAUGAGUUGUAAAUACCAGUAAGACCCACCCGUCAAUCAACUUUACGAAAUAAACUAUUGUUAUCAA